GAAUCCGGCCGCAUCCGUACUUCGGGGACCGCCUGCCGGGCUUGGUAGGGCGCAUCGUGGAGCCGGUUGCGUCCCGCAACCCCGCGGUGUGGUAGAGGCCUGCCGGCGACGCGCACAGCCCGAAGAGAAAGAGGGGUUCAGGUCGGGCGGAGUGGGAGGUGUCGAGGCCGCGGCCCGGAAGUGGUCGCCGCGGUCGCAGACGGAAGGACGAUCCCGCACCGUUAGCUCGGCGGCGGCCGGCUUAGCUUGCGGGACUCCCAGCAGCUGCGAGCGCCGCCUCUUCUCUUGUUUUCUCGUCUAGCUGGAGACCUCGGCUCGCCACGCCGGGCCCUGCCUGAGUUGUGAGUGGAGAAAGAGGGUGGGAGGCGAGGUCGAUAUAGUGGCCGGAGCGGACGGUGCCGAUGGUGAACCGGCCUACAAGGCUGCUCUUUGGCGUAAAUUGCAAUCGAUUAGGGAUCGUUUCUCAGACUCGAGUUAGAAGUGAGAGUUCAGAUAAGUGAGGCCGACAUUGCUGCUUUGAACACCUCAGAAGGGGAGAAUGGAUUUAUCAGGAGUGAAAAAGAAGAGCUUGCUAGGAGUCAAAGAAAAUAAUAAAAAGUCCAGCACUAGGGCUCCUUCUCCUACCAAGCGCAAGGACCGCUCUGACGAGAAGUCCAAGGAUCGCUCUAAAGAUAAAGGGGCCACUAAAGAGUCGAGUGAGAAGGAUCGUGGCAGGGAUAAGACUCGGAAGAGACGCAGUGCUUCAAGUGGAAGCAGCAGCACCAGGUCUCGAUCUAGCUCGACUUCCAGCUCAGGCUCCAGCACCAGCACAGGUUCAAGCAGUGGCUCUAGCUCCUCCUCUGCGUCUAGCCGCUCUGGGAGCUCCAGCACAUCCCGGAGCUCCAGCUCUAGCAGCUCCUCCGGCUCCCCCAGCCCUUCCCGGCGCAGACAUGACAACAGGCGGCGCUCCCGCUCCAAAUCCAAACCACCUAAAAGAGAUGAGAAAGAGAGGAAAAGGCGGAGCCCUUCACCUAAGCCCACCAAAGUGCACAUUGGGAGGCUCACCAGGAAUGUGACUAAGGAUCAUAUCAUGGAAAUAUUUUCUACUUAUGGGAAAAUUAAGAUGAUUGACAUGCCUGUAGAAAGGAUGCAUCCUCAUCUAUCCAAAGGCUACGCAUAUGUAGAGUUUGAGAAUCCAGAUGAAGCGGAGAAGGCACUGAAACACAUGGAUGGAGGACAAAUUGAUGGCCAAGAGAUCACUGCUACUGCUGUGUUGGCACCCUGGCCUCGGCCACCCCCACGGCGAUUCAGCCCACCCAGGAGAAUGCUUCCACCGCCUCCCAUGUGGCGCAGGUCACCCCCACGGAUGAGGAGGAGGUCUCGCUCUCCAAGGCGCAGGUCCCCUGUGCGUAGGAGGUCUCGAUCUCCUGGCCGCCGCCGCCAUAGGAGCCGCUCCAGCUCCAACUCCUCCCGAUAAGCAGGGACGUUGAUUCGUACCUCUGUAACUUAUGUUCCCCCAACUCAGUUUUGUCCUUUCUUUAGCCAACGAGAAUCUGUAGGGAAGGAUCCCAUAACGGGGUGGGCUUUGAAGACAGCAGUUGAGAUAUUUCCUCUGCAGGAGGAUUCUGGCUGCAGAGGUACUGUUGAUUCAGGACUGUGCCCAUAAAAGUGCCCUGUAGUUUUCUGGCUAGAAAGUUCGCCCUUCCCAUUCUUGAGAGUCUGGUUUAUAGCAGAGCCAGCUGGGAUGAGCAAGCCUCCAUAUUGCAACACACGGUUUUCCACAGAUGACCUAGGACCUAGGCAACCUGGUCGUGCUCCUGCUGUUGCUGUGCCACAUCUGUGGAAAGGGGACCAAGCUGCUGUGCUGUUAGGCCUGACCACCAUGUCCCCUUUGGAGUCCUCGUCAACUUCUAGGGUUAAACACCUUUAUCUUUCCCUACCCCCAGGUCUGUUAUUCUCUGAAAUUGGUGAGCCAGUUCUACAGGGUCCUCAUGGAACCUGCCACCACACUCAUUGUCACCUGCCGUUCACAGGGAUGUUGCAGGUUAAGCGUGGCAGUGUAUUCAUUGCCUGUUUUUGCUUUUAUUGUACAGUCAGUACUAUAAAUUUUGUUUUGAGUUUUAUGACUUUGUAGUAUUUUAGAUAAAGUCAUUUGUACUUGUGUAGAGUGAGAGGACUGUUGAAUAAAUAAACCUCGGACUAGAUGCAAACUGAG